AUGGCGACACCGUCGGUCGCUGUUCCGCCGGCGCCCCCAGCCUCCGCGGCGGCGUCAAAGGCGACUCCGGCCCCCGUAUCUACGGGUGGCUCUCUCCCUCCAUCGGAUAACCAAGCUACGCCGUCCGUGCAGCCGCCGAGCGGCGACAGCUCAGCACCCGCGGCCGUUCCCGGCCCUACCCCCAGCUUUGGGGUUAUCGCCACCGGCGAGUCCAAUCCUCAGGAUGCGAAUAGCGGCCUCUAUCGAGAUGGCCGAAUCCGCGAUCCGGUACCUAGCAAGCUCAAGGGGAAAACAGACGGCUCCAAGGGAAAUUUCAGUGUCAUGCAUAUGGAGGUCGCCGGAAGAAACGAGCCUACAGAGCGCGAUGCUGAGGCCAAGAGGACAAGCGAGAGUACCGAGCUGGCGGCCAAGCUAGCCUUUGAGAAUGGCUAUGUCUCCCUUCGGAGAAGUCGGUUUAUACAAAUCUCGCAGGGUCUCCAUCCAUCACCUGGGUCUUUCGUGCCCGCCCAAACCCCGGCGUCGGCGCCGGGGCCGACGCAGACUCAGUUCGAGCGCACCCGACCCCUGAGUCCCGAGGAAACCAAGGCUGAGCAGGCGCGCUUACUAACCCUCUUACGGAGCUUGCAUCCUGUCCUUGUGGUGGACCAGAUCUGUAAGGCACUUGCAUUCUUUGGCGGCAUCCCUGGGGCCCCCCCGCCGGCAAAUGGCGGGUUUCCGGAGAGCGCCGAGGCAAAUGGCUCGGGUAGCCUUUUCGUCGGCUGGAUUGCAGAGAUAUUCCCCAAACUUGGAGGAAACUCUGGACAGCAGACCUCGGGCCCUAAUCGGCAGUUGGUCCCUGAAGUGAGACGCAAGCGUGGCCGGCCGAAGGGAAGCAAAUCCAAAACAUAUCGCAAAGACAAAGGCAUCAAAAAGGGAUCAAUGAAGCCUGCGAAUGUGGCUUCGAACGCGGCUUCCAAGGCAGACCAACGUCAGCCCGGGAAUGCUCAGGACGACAGCUGGGUUGACGUCGACGACAAUGCUAUGGAGGUAACUGAUGAUGUGGAUGCCAACGUUAUGUUGCUCGCCCGAGCCACGGGCUCACAACCGCAAGAGGCCACGUCUACAACUGCUGCGCCUGGUGCCUCUGCCCGAACGGCAUUGCCAGGCGCCCCUGCUGCCAGUGGUACGACAACCGAAGGGGAGCCGAUCCGGAGGAAACGAGGCCGGCCCAAAGGUUCCAAGAACAAGCCGAAAGGGUUGGCGGCGCGCUCCGCACAAUUAUCUGGAGGAGCGCCACAGGCAGGCACUCAGGUUUCCCAGGCCCUUCAGGGACCCUCGCAAGGCAAUCAAGUAUCCCAGAUAUCCCAAAGUGCCCAGAGUGCCCAGAGUGCUCAAGCACAAGAAGGAUCUGCCGCACCCCAAUCCUUUACAUCCGUUAACUCGGCAGCGCCAGGAUCUGCCAAGAGGCCGGUCGGGAGACCGAAAGGCUCGGGCUCUACACAGAAACAGUCCCAAGGACAAUCCAGCGGGAUUUCACCGGAAUUGCAGCAGCAAAGCGAUCCAAGUAGCGUGCAGCCAGCCAACCCAUCUACUGUGCAAGUGCAGGCGGCGCCUUCUCAGGCGACGCAGACGGUGCAAGGCUCUCAAGGACAGGUUCUAACGUUACCCACCCCUCCAACGGCCAGCCCGGCCCGAACAAAAGCUGUUAGCAACACGGGGCAGAAGCGGAAGAGAAAGGGCGUGAAAGAGGCCGAGCAUUCCCAACCCGAUGUGAAUAACCAACAUAACCCUUCGUCUUCGUCCCCCCAGGUGAACAAUCUUACCUUACCUACGCCACCGAACAAUUCAAGGCCAUUUCCUCCCGAGCCCACUGGAGCAGCCGGACCUCCUCCCCCCAAACGUCAGCGGAAGGGCAAAGAGCCAAGAUUGUCAGGCCAGCAGGGAGAUGAAAAUACAUUGUCUACCGCCACUGGAGGAUCUGCAAAUGCUCCGGCUGCUGUUACAGUAUCCCUAGACUCAGUGCCGAAUCCCAGCCCUAGAUCAGCCCCAGCACCUCCACCUGCAGAGGCUCGUAAGCCGGAAUCCACUCUAGUUCCUUCUUCAGUCCCUGUCGAUCCGCAGGUGUCCAUAGACUCGCCCCAGCCGAGCCACUUUGAGGUACAGUCUCCAACGAUGGAGAACUACGAAGCGCAGUUGCAAGCUCAGUUGGAGCAGCAGGCCGAGGUUGAGCCGCAGGCGAUGGCAUCUCAAAAUCGGCCGGACCCGGCGCAUCUCAUGGCAACUCACGCACCACAACAGCAACAGCAGCAGCAGAAAUAUAGCCAACCACACCACCACCACCCCAGGCAGCAGCAGCAGCAGCACCAUGCUUCCACUGCCCACAGCCAAUCUCCCAAGCAGCAGCAGCUAAACUCACAGGGAACAGGGAGCCCAUCGAUCAGUCAGCAACAAGCCAGGAACUCUCAAGUUCAUUAUAGUUCAAACCGUGCUUCGGGCUCCCAAUACCAACACCAGCAGCAGCAGCAGCCACAGCGAAGCCAGCAAAACUAUGUGUCUCCGCAAACAGAGCACACGCAACCGCAGCAGCAGUUCUCAGGAGGACAGCAGGCUGCUCAAAGCACGCAGGUUCCCUCUACCCAGCAGUAUUCCACAAGUACCCGCCAGUCGCAGGCGUAUACUUCGAAGCCACAAUCCUAUACGCCAAGCCAGCAGCAAUUCUCAAGCGGCCAGCAACAGCUCGCCCAGCAACAGCGCUAUCAAGCUCAGCUAGCUACCACUUCGGCGGGUAGCACAUCGUAUGCACCGCCUCAGUCUUCGCAGUUUGGGACAUCUGCAAGCAAUAGUUACAGCGCUGAAGGUAACUAUCGCACCGCGGGUACGUCCCUCAGCACCACUUCGUACGGCCAACGAAACCAGCCUGCCGCAACGUCCGUCGCCGCCUCCCUUCGGGCUACCAGCACGCACGGCUUGCCACACCACACUCCGUCCUUUGGCACUUCCGCCGGUGCUCUACAGCAACAGCAACAACGCUCUGGCAGUGUAAAUAACCAGACGACGCAAAGUAUGCAAGGCUUGGCCGGUGUGCAGACGUUUGGCGGGAACGCUGCUACUUCCGAAUGGAGCCUCUUUGAUGCCGGCCAACUGGAUACGUCAAGCCACCAAGGAGCAAUGGGCCUAGCCAACGCAAACUACGGCGUCGGCGCUGCCGGCGUGCGAGCGGCAUCCAACCCGGGCUCUGCAUUCGCCUCAUCCGCUCUUGGUGCCUUUGAUACUUCCGGCCUGAGUGAUAGCGAUCGAUAUUAUGGGGUUGGUCGGAGAUGA